GUCUGUGACACUCGGCCCGGUCUCCCCGCGAUGGCUCUCCCCACAGCUCCCGGCAGCCCUCUCCCGGCGGAGGCCCGAGGGCGAGGAAGGCGAAAGAGGCUCGUUUGGACUCCGAGCCAGAGGGACGCCCUGCGAGCGUCCUUUGAGCGGAACCCGUACCCGGGCAUGGCCACCAGAGAACAGCUGGCCCAGGCCAUCGGCGUUCCGGAGCCCAGGGUCCAGAUUUGGUUUCAGAACGAGAGAUCGCGCCGGCUGAGGCAGCACCGGCGGGAAUCCAGGCCCUGGCCUGGGCCACGCGGCCCGCCAGAAGGCCGGCGAAAGCGGACGGCCGUGACCCAGUCCCAGACCGCCGUGCUCCUCCGGGCCUUCGAGCGAGAGCGCUUUCCGGACUUCGCCACCAGGGAGGAACUGGCCGGAGAGACGGGCCUCCCGGCGUCCAGGAUUCAGAUUUGGUUUCAGAAUCGAAGGGCCAGGCAUCCAGGCCGGGCUGGCAGGGGACCCCUGGCCGCAGGCGGCCUGUGCAACAGGGCUCCUGGCGGGUGCGGCUCCUCUGCUCGCUCCUGGGUCGCCUCCACCCACACCAGGGCGUGGGGGGCGGCGCUUCCCGCACCCCAAGUGCCCUGUGCGCCUGGGGCCCUCCCACAGGGGCCUGUCGUGAGCCAGGCAGCAAGGGCCGUGCCCCUGCUUUUGCACGGACAGGCCCCACAGGCAGAAGGAAUCUCGCAACCUGCCCGGCACUCGGGGCUUUCGGGUUCGCCGCCCUGGCUCUUUCAGAAGUGGCGCUCCCCCACCCUCAGAGCCUUCGGGGCCCUCCCCACCCGAUCAGAUGCCAGGAGGAGCGGGACCGGCCACAUGCCGGCCUGCCAGGGACGUUCUCCGUGGGACAGCUUGGGCCCGCUGAAGCCUAGCCACAGGGGCAAGGUAUGCGGGUGCCACACAGGGCCCCCCAGGGUCCCUGGUUGGGCUGGGGCCAGGGGCUCCACGUGGCUGGGGUGUCCGGCGAACCCCAAGCCGUGCCACCUCCACCUCCACAGCCCGCACUUCCGGAGACCCCCGCCUGGCAGGGGCAGAUGCCAGCCCUGCAGGCGCCUUCCCAAGCUGGGUGGAACCCAGCACCUAGGUCCUGGUACUCCUCCUGCCUUGGCACCUCCUGCUUGGGGCUUUGGGACAUAUAUCUGUGCUCAUAACUAGGAUGCUGUGAUUCUCUUCUCUUGCCUAAUAUCUGCUCACAUAGGAGUCAAUAACAUAACAGGUGCAAUAUUUACUCUGUCUCAAAGAAAAUGAAGACACAAAGAAAAUUAUACAUCUUAUCAAAAUGACUUUUUUCCAAUAUUGAUCGUUUAUUCUGAAAAUAGUUACAAACUCAUACUCAAACAUACUUAAUUCAUUAUUUUCUUCCACCUAAAGUUUAUAUUUAGACUAACAGAUGUGUAUAUUUAACUCUAGGUAAAUUAAAACUAAAAAUCUUUAUGUGUUUGAAAGGAUACAGGCCACAUAUGAAAAGAAGACUAAGAAAUUUUUAAA